CUGAGAUCCAAACAGACAUAGUGAGAGAAGAGCAGAGACACUCGAACAUCCAAAUACACUCAUCUCCGCAUCUGUGCUCCCAUGCAGAAAAGACCCCAGGGGACACGACGCCAGCUGAGCCUCAAAAACAAGCAGAGACUGUGCUGAUACCAUGGAUACCAUGGAGACAGAGCUGUAUAUUCCACCAGAUUCGCCGAGAGCCUCCAUGCCUGAUGAGUUGUGUCAUCCUUAUUCCAACUUCUCAAAUUGGAAGUUUAAGCUCUUUCGAGUCCGUUCUUUGGAGAAGGCCCCCUUGCCUAGUAAACCUCCUCUUGAUACAGAGGCUGAGAUGAAGGUGGUUGAACAGGGGGACAGCCUGAGUGUUUCUGGCAGCAUUAUGAAGCUCUGUCUGGGGGGCAAAAAUAAGGAGAAUGUGGAGGGUGCUGGCAGACAAGUGGAUCUCAAACUUCAGGAGAUUGACACACACAUGAACCAUCUCAGGUCUUUAUGUCGCUUAUGUGGCAUACUUCUGAGAAAAGUAAAGGGCCCAGAGCAUGAAGUCCAGGGAGACCUGGAUCAAUCCAGCCGAUAUGCAUUGCGCAAGAUGGGUUGCAAGGCUUCUAGAUGGCCUGAUGUCAUCCUAAAGGUAUUUAAAGUAGAUGUGAGUGGAGACAUGGAAUCCAUUCACCCUUCCAUGUUCUGUCAUCGUUGCUGGACCGUGGCCAUGAGAGGAGGAGGGAUAUGUAGUUUCUCAAGGACCAGGGUCCCUAUAUGGAAGCCCCACAACUCACACUGUCUGCACUGCUACCCCAAGAGACGCACACUUCAGAGAAGAGGAAGGAAGAGAGGCAAACCACUAUACAGUCUUCCCAAAAGGGCAAAGAAAGAAACAUCUACAGGGGGCAAUAGAGUGUGGAGACAGAGUGCAGAAAACCCACCAGCAAUGGGUUUAAGAGGUUGGGUGAAGCCAGCCACUCAGAAAAGCCUAUGGGUAAAGAAUAUAACUCACUGUCAGAAGGACCACCUAACCUCCAACCUACUCCCUGGUGAUUUCCCAAAAGACUUUGUGAGUGCUAUUGUGUGCCAAGUAUGUGAUCAUUUAUUGUCUGACCCAGUCCAGUCCCCAUGCCAGCACCUCUUCUGCCGCACCUGCAUCCAAAAGUACAGCCAUGUCAUGGGUCCCCGGUGUCCAGCCUGUGGCCUGCUAUUUAACCCAUGUGAACUAAACAGCCCUGCCAAAACCUUUCUGUCUAUUCUCCACUCUCUUCCUCUGCUUUGCCCAAGAGAAGGCUGUGGGGAGUUGGUAAGAUUAGAUUCAUUUGCAGACCACUGUUUAAACCACUGUUUUGAGACAGAUGGCAUGAAGGAGCAGAAUUUUCUUGAGCAGAAUGUGGACGGCUACUUACCUGUGAACAAAGGUGGGCGCCCUCGCCAGCACCUGCUCUCACUGACAAGAAGGGCGCAGAAGCACAGACUGAGAGAGCUGAAGAAUCAGGUGAAGGCGUUUGCUGAUAAAGAGGAAGGUGGAGAUGUGAAGUCUGUGUGUUUGACACUGUUCCUGCUUGCACUGAGGGCAGGAAAUGAACACAAACAGGCUGAUGAACUGGAGGCCAUGAUGCAAGGCAGGGGUCUUGGCCUGCAUCCAGCUGUAUGCCUGGCCAUACGGGUCAAUACCUUCCUCAGUUGUAGUCAGUACCACAAAAUGUACCGAACUGUCAAAGCUACAAGUGGACGCCAGAUCUUCCAGCCUUUGCACACACUCCGUAAUGCUGAAAAGGAGCUUCUUCCUGGCUUCCAUCUUUUUGAGUGGCAACCAGCUCUCAAAAAUGUCUCCAACUCUUGCAAUGUAGGGAUCAUUGAUGGACUUUCUGGGUGGACAGUCUCUGUUGAUGAUGUACCUGCAGACACCAUUACUAGAAGAUUCCGCUAUGAUGUGGCACUAGUAUCAGCUUUAAAGGACUUGGAGGAAGAUAUCAUGGAGGGACUUAGGGAAAGAGGAUUGGAUGACAGCACCUGUACCUCAGGUUUUACUGUAGUGAUUAAGGAGUCAUGUGAUGGCAUGGGAGAUGUAAGUGAGAAGCAUGGUGGAGGGCCAGCUGUUCCAGAGAAGGCAGUGAGGUUUUCUUUUACAGUGAUGUCCAUCACUAUUCAAGCUGAAGGUGAAAAGGAAGCAGUCACUAUCUUCCAGGAGCAAAAACCCAACUCUGAGCUUUCCUGUAGGCCCCUGUGUCUCAUGUUCGUGGAUGAGUCUGAUCAUGAGAUGCUGACGGCUGUCUUGGGACCUGUGGUGGCAGAGCGUAAAGCUAUGAAGGAGAGUCGUCUUAUUCUCUCUAUAGGUGGGCUCCAACGUUCCUUCCGUUUUUAUUUUCGGAGCACAGGCUAUGAUGAAAAGAUGGUGAGAGACAUGGAAGGUUUGGAGGCUUCGGGCUCCACUUACAUCUGUACGCUAUGUGACUCCACACGAGGUGAAGCCUCUCAGAACAUGGUGCUCCACUCCAUUACUAGAAGCCAUGAUGAAAAUCUUGAGCGCUAUGAGAUAUGGAGAACUAAUCCUUUUUCAGAGUCUGCAGAUGAGCUGAGAGAUCGAGUUAAAGGAGUCUCAGCCAAGCCUUUCAUGGAGACCCAGCCCACCUUAGAUGCCUUGCACUGUGACAUUGGCAAUGCUACCGAAUUCUAUAAGAUAUUUCAGGAUGAGAUUGGUGAAUUGUACUUGAAAAGCAACCCAGCUCGAGAAGAACGCAGACGCUGGCGGUCAGCACUUGACAAGCAGCUGAGAAUGAAGAUGAAGCUAAAACCAGUGAUGAGAAUGAACGGAAACUAUGCCCGACGACUUAUGACAACUGAGGCUGUUGAGGCGGUGUGUGAAUUGAUUCCUUCAGAGGAGCGCCGUGAAGCUCUGAAAGAACUAAUGGCAUUGUACCUCCAGAUGAAACCUGUAUGGCGUUCUACCUGUCCAGCUCGAGAUUGUCCUGAUCAGCUUUGCCGCUAUAGCUUCAACUCACAACGUUUUGCAGAUCUCCUCUCCACCACAUUCAAGUAUCGCUAUGAUGGCAAGAUUACUAACUAUUUACACAAGACUUUAGCUCAUGUACCAGAAAUUGUUGAGCGGGAUGGGUCAAUUGGUGCUUGGGCCAGCGAAGGAAAUGAAUCUGGCAACAAACUUUUCCGCCGCUUCCGUAAAAUGAAUGCUAGGCAGUCCAAGACAUUUGAGUUAGAAGACAUUUUAAAGCAUCACUGGUUGUACACUUCCAAGUAUCUGCAAAAAUUCAUGGAGGCUCAUAGGAAUUCAGCAAAAGCAAUGCAGGCCACCAUCAACCCAGAGGAAUGCCCAGAUGACUUUGAUAUAUCUCUUGACGUGACAGAUUUUUAAAAAUAUGAAAUUUAAGUACAUUUACUUGAAUAUACUUGGACAUUUUAUUGCUUUACUUUUUAUGAUUACACCCUUGAUAUGACUCUUUUUUCACAUAACUGCUUUUUUCUUUAGAUAUGCAUCACCACCAUAUUGAAUUAGUUUAUUGUUAACCUUUUUAUGUUCUAUAUAUCUGUCUGCAGCUUUGACUUUAUGACAUAGAUAAGAUUGGGAGGGAAUGGCUAUAUAUUUUUUUGUCUCAGUCUCAGCUGCAGACAAGCAUUUUUUCAUUCAUUGCUGCUGGUGAAAUAUGGGAGAAUUUAUUGUAUUGCCAGGUUAUGACACAUUCAUGAAUUUAUACAGAAGGAUUAUUUAUGGAAUCAAAUGGAAGCACAGUAAGUCACAGAGGGGGGAUUGCUUUAAAAGAGACCACUUUUACGAUCUCUGUAUUAAUUUAUCACAGACAAGGGCAGAGACAAAAUGGAAUUAGGGAAACUCAAAUUGCCUCAGUUUCAGAAGAGAUAAUAAAAGACAACACUGCUGCUGAACACCAGGGACUUUGUGGGAAAUAGCUUCAGGGCCACACGUUUGCACAUCCGCCUCCCACCCCCCCUAAAAAAAAACACUUUCAUCCUACCUUUAUUUUCACGUUUCAAGGCUUUGCACAACAUCUAACACUUCACAUUUGUUUUAUUAAUUUUGCACCAAACGAUACACCUCAGUAUUUUAAAACAUUACACAGUCAGCGUAGCCAUAAUGCUAUAUUACUUUUUGUAUAAAUGUGUUAAUGUUUAUUAUAACUGUUUUAACUGUUGUGUUAACUGGGCAGGAUGGACUGUGCUUUAAUUGAUUGAUUAGUUAAUUUACUUUAUGUACUGUUUAUAGUUGAUUGAUUUAUUGACUAAGUUGUUAUAUUUCCUUAAAACGUGUGGUUUUACUUUAAUAGAUUACUUGAUUAAUACAUUGAUUACAUUGUUAUGUCUUUGAUUGAUUGCUUGAUUGAUUGCUUGACUUGAUACAUUAAUACCCAUCAUGCUGUAACAAUUAUAAUAUGUCAGUAGAAACCAAAAGCAAAUAGGUGUUCUCUUUUUAUUGUUUAUUUUUUUUUGGUAUCCUAUUGACAUUUUACAUUGUUUGUACUUUUGGGAAUAUGUGUCAUUGAAGGCUAAAGCCCUCAAAGGAUACAGAAACCUUCUACCUCCACAGAUACAAUGUUGCUAAGUCCAUAACUGUUGUACCUGCAUUUGUGCCUUUGUAAAAUUUUACCAAUUUCAUUUUACUUUAAAUAGA